CGGGGCGCGACGUCGGCCGUGCGGGGUCCCGGCGUCGGCGGCGCGCGCGCUCCCUCCUCUCAGAGAGAGGGCUGUGGUAAAAGCCGUCCGGAAAAUGGCCGCCGCCGCCGCUGCCGCGCCGAGCGGAGGAGGAGGAGGAGGCGAGGAGGAGAGACUGGAAGAAAAGUCAGAAGACCAGGAUCUCCAGGGCCUCAAGGACAAACCCCUGAAGUUUAAAAAAGUGAAGAAGGAUAAGAAAGAAGACAAAGAGGGCAAGCAUGAGCCCCUGCAGCCACCGGCUCACCACUCUGCUGAACCAGCAGAGGCAGGCAAAGCGGAGACCUCGGAAGGGUCAGGCUCAGCCCCAGCUGUCCCGGAAGCUUCUGCCUCCCCCAAACAGCGGCGCUCCAUCAUUCGUGACCGGGGACCCAUGUAUGAUGACCCCACUCUGCCUGAAGGUUGGACCCGAAAGCUUAAGCAAAGGAAAUCUGGCCGCUCCGCUGGGAAGUAUGAUGUGUAUUUGAUCAAUCCCCAGGGAAAAGCCUUUCGCUCUAAAGUGGAGUUGAUUGCGUACUUCGAAAAGGUAGGCGACACCUCCCUGGACCCUAAUGAUUUUGACUUCACGGUAACUGGGAGAGGGAGCCCCUCCCGGCGAGAGCAGAAACCACCUAAGAAGCCCAAAUCUCCCAAAGCUCCAGGAACUGGCAGAGGUCGGGGACGCCCCAAAGGGAGCGGCACUGCGAGACCCAAGGCAGCAGCAUCAGAGGGUGUGCAGGUGAAAAGGGUCCUGGAGAAAAGUCCCGGGAAGCUGCUCGUCAAGAUGCCUUUUCAAGCUUCACCAGGGAGCAAGGCCGAAGGGGGCGGCGGGGCCACCACGUCAGCCCAGGUCAUGGUUAUCAAACGCCCUGGCAGGAAGCGAAAAGCCGAAGCCGACCCCCAGGCCAUUCCCAAGAAGCGGGGCCGAAAGCCGGGCAGUGUGGUGGCAGCCGCUGCCGCAGAGGCCAAGAAGAAAGCAGUGAAGGAGUCUUCCAUCCGGUCCGUGCAGGAGACCGUGCUCCCCAUCAAGAAGCGCAAGACCCGGGAGACAGUCAGCAUCGAGGUGAAGGAGGUGGUGAAGCCCCUGCUGGUAUCCACCCUCGGUGAGAAGAGUGGGAAGGGACUGAAGACCUGCAAGAGCCCCGGGCGGAAAAGCAAGGAGAGCAGCCCAAAGGGGCGCAGCAGCAGCGCCUCCUCACCCCCCAAGAAGGAGCACCACCACCACCACCACCACUCAGAGCCCCCGAAGGCACCCGCGCCGCUGCUUCCACCCCCGCCCCCACCCCCACCUGAACCCCAGAGCUCCGAGGACCCCGCCAGCCCCCCUGAGCCCCAGGACUUGAGCAGCGGCGUCUGCAAAGAGGAGAAGAUGGCGAGAGGAGGCUCGCUGGAGAGCGACGGCUGCCCCAAGGAGCCAGCUAAGACUCAGCCCGCGGUCGCGACCGCCGCCACGGCCGCAGACAAGUACAAACACCGAGGGGAGGGAGAGCGCAAAGACAUUGUUUCAUCCUCCAUGCCAAGGCCAAACAGAGAGGAGCCUGUGGACAGCCGGACGCCCGUGACCGAGAGAGUUAGCUGACUUUACACAGAGCGGAUUGCAAAGCAAACCAACAAGAAUAAAGGCAGCUGUUGUCUCUUCUCCUUAUGGGUAGGGCUCUGACAAAGCUUCCCGAUUAACUGAAAUAAAAAAUAUUUUUUUUUCUUUCAGUAAACUUAGAGUUUCGUGGCUUCAGGGUGGGAGUAGUUGGAGCAUUGGGAUGUUUUUCUUACCGACAAGCACAGUCAGGUUGAAGACCUAACCAGGGCCAGAAGUAGCUUUGCACUUUUCUAAACUAGGCUCCUUCAACAAGGCUUGCUGCAGAUACUACUGACCAGACAAGCUGUUGACCAGGCUUCUUAGGGUAUGCCUGCACCUCCCCUCCCACCCCGACCUCCCCCCCACGCCCCCCAUGUGGUCAUUAGGGACAGAGAGUGCCAUUGGUGCCCCAGUCUCCGCUCUCCUCUCCCCCCACCCUGCCCCACCCCCAUCCUCCAGCUCCCCCGCCUCCCCCAUCCCCACCCACAUUGGGACAAGGAGGUGUGAGGCAGGAGAGACAGUUGGAUUCUUUAGAGAAAAAGACAGAGAUGGCCAGUGGCUACAGCCUGUGUGAUCUCACCCAUGGUGGCACAAAUCUGGCCCCACACCAGCCCCAAUCCAAAACCGACUAGGACAUUUCACAGGACAGGGAGGUAGCACCUGUUCGCUCCAGUUCUGGCAUGGCUAGGAGGGAGUCAGUCCUUUGAGCUGCUGGGUGUAGACUGGCCUGAGCCAGGUGACCAGAUGAGAGGACAGCCCCGGGCCGUUCUCCAGUGGGUGGCGCUAGAGAGAGAGAGAGAGAUUGAGAGAGAGAGAGAGAGAGGCUGUGGAAGCGACAGGGCGAGGCGCACUGGCCCCGGGCUCCUGGGCUCCUCCGGGUGGCAGAGAGCAGUGGGGCCGAUGGAAUUCCUAGUCGCUCAGAGCACUCUGUGACUGGUAGGUAGAGGCCCAGUGGACAGGUUGGGGGGCCAGGGGGAAGGAGGGGAAAAUGUUCUUCCAAAACUUUUCAAUUCUACUCCUUUAGGGACAGCUUAGAACUAUUUGCACUAUUGAGUCUUCAUGUUCCCACUUCAAAACAAACAUGCUCUGAGAGCAAACUGGCUUGAAUUGGUGACACUUCGUCCCUCAAGCCACCAGACAUGACAGUGUUUAGAACUACCUGGAUCUGUAUAUACCUGCGCUUGUUUUAAAGUGGGCUCAGCACAUAGGGUUCCCACGAAGCUCCGAAACUCUAAGUGUUUGCUGCAAUUUUAUAAGGACUUCCUGAUUGGUUUCUCUUCUGUCCUUCCAUUUCUGCCGCCUUUCAUUCAUCCUUUCAUUUCUUCCCCUCCUCGUUCAUCCCUUCUGUACCAGGCACCCACAGUUCCCAGCUUUACCUGAGCUGAUGCUGGUCAGCUCAGGCCCCCAGAUCUCACCCUACCCUUGGGCCUUCCCACUGCCAGCCCUAGCCCUAGCCACACCCCCAUUCUGAGCCCUGAGGAAGCCCCGGGCUCUGCUGAGUCCACCUGGCCCUAGCACCUUGGCCUCUCUGAAAGGCAAGAGAGCAGCAAGAUCCUGCUCUCUUAGGGAGCUCCCUUCCCUGGUCAGACCCUGAUUCUGGGCCUUCUCAACCUACUCGAGAGAAGCAGGCAGGCGAAGUUGGGCAGAUUUGGACUUGGGAGCUGAGGGUAGUGCAGAGGCCCCCAUGGCCUGCCAUAGUCAUCAAGUAGCCCGGCCCUGACCUUGGCCUCGGCCAGGCCCAGCUAGCACAGUGUGGUGCAACGAGGCAGCAGGUUGGAAGAAAUGGCAGAUGCCCCAGACCUGAGCUGGGACCAGUGCCUAGGCUCCUGGCCCCUCUGCUCCUCCCUUAAGUUAACCAUGAGUUCUUUUCUGAUGGAAAAUGUCUGGGUUUUGCUUGCUGGAGACUGGGUAGGGCCAGCAUAUCACACAUCUCCACAUCUAUGCCAGGGGAAUGGUGUGGGGGCUGAGCGGCUUGGGUUUGCUAUGGGUUUUCAUUGAUCAAUCUCCAUUUAGGACCCCAUCCUUUCAUUCUGUGUUCAGGAAGUCCUUAUCUAGCUGCAUAUCUUCAUCAUAUUGGUAUAUCCUUUUCUGUGUUUACAGAGAUGUCUCUUAUAUCUAAAUCUGUCCAACUGAGAAGUACCUUAUCAAAGUAGCAAAUGAGACAGCAGUCUUAUGCUUCCAGAAACACCCACAAGCACGUCCCAUGCGAGCUGCUGCCAUGAACUGUCAAGUGCGUGUUGUCUCGUGUAUUUCAGUUAUUGUCCCCUGGCUUCCUUACUGCAGUGUAACCAUGAAGGAGUGAAACAUCCUAAAAACCGUCUAGCACUUCCUUGCCAGUCCUUAGUGAUCAGGAACCAUAGUUGACAGUUCCAAUCAGUAGCUUAAGAAAAAAACCGCGUUUGUCUCUUCCGGAAUGGUUAGAAGCAAGGGAGUUUGCCCCCAUUCUGUUUGCAGAAUCAUAGUUGGCCUUUGUAGCAUUUUUGUACCCAUUUCCUUAUGCUGCAAAAGCAAGUCCCACAACCAGACCCCCUCUGCUGUUGACCCUCUGGGCUUCACUUCUGACUCCUCCCCAGGAAGGGCAGGGGGGUCGGAGGAGGGGGCAAGUCCUUCAGGAUCCCUCUUCCUUCAAGGACAAAAGGCUCCUGACCCCGAAGUGGCCUCGCACUCCUGGCACCCACAAAGGAUGCCUGUCCACGCAAGUACAGCGUCCGGCCAGUUUGUCGUGGAGACACCAUCCGUUUUGGUCGGUUGGGUUUUUAUGCAUUACACUUAGUCCAGUGGAAUGUGACUCCCGGAACCAGUGUCAGCUCAGUACCAUCUGGUCCUGGGAAGAGGAGUGCGGGGCCCGCCAUGCCCCCCUUUCACCUGUGACCCUUCAGGGGCUGACUGGGCAUUGGUGGUUGAGAGCACAGCAUUUCAAGUUUCAUUUUCUUUCGGCCUGGUCUGACCUGCAGCCCCCUCGCUCCCCAGCUGCUUCUCCUUACAGUUCUGAAGCUGCAGGUAGCCCCUGAGGCUCCUUAGGGUUUUCUCUCCUUCUCCCCAUUCUUUCGCAUUCCCUUUUCUUCACCUAAUAAAGGCAUCACAAGUAAGUCACCAUUAAGCAGGUCACCUUGGUGGUUUGUCGCCCUGGCAGCUCCCAUACCACCCCUGUCCUGGGUCAGGUUGACAGGAGGUUGGAGGGAAAGCCAGGCCAUGGGAUUCUCACCAGCCGUGUCCAGCCCAGUUUGGGGGUGUGACCUCGAUUUUGUGUGUGCUUGAACAUCAUAAAGAUUGGGGGCAUCUUUUAGGGACUGUGUGAAGAAUACAGAAAUUAACUGACUGCUUUCAGACACCUGUUUGUAGGGCUAGGUCACAGUCACUUUCAGCCUCCCCCACCCUCGUUCUAGUUGUUAGUUACUACCUCCUCUCCCGACAGAAUGCUGUAUGUCCUUGAGCUCCUCCUACAAUGCCCAGCCCAGCUCUGCCCUGCCCUGCCCGUUGGUGGGCCUGCCCUAACCAGUGGAACCGCUGGCCUUGACACUGUAGCGAACCAGGGCACCGAGCCACAGCCAGGCUCUAAGACAGCUCCCUUCUGCUGCUGCUGUAUUCCCCUUAUCAGAAGGCACAGGCGACACCUAGAAAUGCCCUGUUCCCCAGUCCAUCAGUGCCAAACGACCCAAGGACCUCAGUCCCCUCAACUCCCUGGGAGGUGAAAGCCGUGGUGGUGGCCCAGGGACACUGGCCACAGCCAGCACCUGGCUUCUACUCCUGAGACCCCGUGCAGGUGCGGGCAACAGUCUGUUCAGGGGCACCAGGACCCAGAGCAGCCCCAAGUUGUCACCUGCUCCUCCACGCAGCUUUUCAUUGCUCUGACAGGGAUGAUAGGAGGUACUAGCCUGAAGCAAACUGCCAUGUUUGGUGGGAAAGGUGUUUCUUUAGCUGCCAGGAUCUCUGGAUUAAGGUAACUUUUAGUAAGCAACUGAAGCGCAGGAGGGAGCAACAGGUAUGAAGUGAACUCCCCAGGUGGGGCGACUGGAUCCCGCAGAACCCAAGUGGAGCCUAGCAGCUGAGCUCUGCGCCCCCUUUCCGGAGCAUUUGCGCCUGGCUCUCUGGGCUGAUGGAGCCAGGGAAGGUCACAGGUGCUGGUUCUUGGAGAAGCCUUUUGCGCAUCCUUUCCUAGCCAGUGUCGCCCCGAAUUGUUUCCUAAUGUGAGUCACGCACAGAUUUUAGGACUGGUGGCCCAGACCUCAGGAAGCAAGCUGUGUUUAGAGCCCUGUUCCUGGAGUCUUGGCUCAUGGGGGCAGGGUGGGGAGCAGGGUGGGGAGCAGCGGGGGCAAGCAUGACAGCAUCACCCAGCCGGUGGUAGAGCCCCUGCAGCCCCACCAUGUCGCGUUCCUGAUCUUACUUUGUUCUCUGUAAGGGUCCCACCUUUGCUCUCUCCGCCAGUAAACUCGUCCACUCUGGAGGGGUUUGUCGAGUCUCCAUUUUUUCGUCUUUCUCUUUUAGAUGCUGUAUCAAUCUUUAGAAAAGGCAUAGUCUGUUAUAUAUCGCUAGCAUACUGCCUCCCCCAGGGUCUAAAGUUACAUAUUAAAGGGGAAAAAUGUGAACACUGAAACCCGUUCUGAACAGUUCAGAAGGAAAAUCUAGAAAACAUUUGGCAGAAAAUUACAUUUCAAUGUUGCUGAAUGAAUAAGAGCAAGAUUUUGCAAAAGUGCUGAUACAAAAAUAUUUGGAGCUUGGCCUGACAUGUGAGUGCUCCAGGAAAAGGGGAAUCCAGCCUGAAGCUGCUGGAUCUGAGACUCGGGGCCAUCUUCGCACUGGGGAGCCCCCUGUCCUGCAGGGCUGCCUGCCUGGUCCCAAAGCUGUAGGAGCCCAGCACUUGGUGUGGGAAGCAGAGUGUCACCAGUGAGUCCAAAGGCCUGCGACGUUCUCACCACCCAGCACCACCUGUUUAUUGUUCCUUUCUCAUCUCGACAGGAUGUUCCCCAAGUGCUGAUUUUUUCGGGAAAAAGGAAGUCCUAACUAGGGCCCAGGCAACUAGGAAGAUGAGGGUGAGGUCUCCCCUUUGGCCUCUGCCUGUUCCCUGAGGACAUUCCCCCUCUCUGCUCUCCUUGGGGCCCAGGGUCUAGGUGAAGUGGUGCUCCCUUCUGCAUGCAGAGGUGAAGACAGAGGCCUGAGCACUCCCUGUGGUGUGUCCCCCCCUCGCCCCUUACCAGCGAGAGCCCCUGGGCCAGAGGGAGGGCAGGCACAAGAACAGGUACCGGGGCAGAGCCGAGACCUUCCCAGAGGGAAGUCCGGCCUUUGAGAUUGAGAGCAUUAGGGAAACUUGCAAAUUGCCUUUGCUCCCCUAGCCCCCCUUCGAGCUUACCUUUUCUCAGGUCCUCAGCAGCAAGAGACAAUGAGAUGAAAAGGCCAACAAGAGGUUUGGCUCCUGCUCACUGGUAGUCCCUCUCCCUUCAGUGUUUGUGUGUCCAGUGACAAAGGUGUUCUUCCUGGUGACCCUGAUUAUAUCCAAUAUCUUAUAGACUAUACGCAUAGGCCUGCUUGGUCUCCUCUAUCCUGGGCUUUUGUUUCGCUUUUUAGCUUUGGUUUUAGUUUUUCUGUCCCUUUUAUUUAAUGCACCAACUAGACACACAGAGCAGUUGAAUUUUUAUAUAUAUAUAUCUGUAUAUUGCACAAUUAUACACUCAUUUUGCUUGUGGCUCCACACACACACACAAAAGAUCUGUUAAAAUUAUACCUGUUGCUUAAUUACAAUAUUUCUGAUAACCAUAGCAUAGGACAAGGGAAAUUAUAAAAAAAAACACAAAACAAACAAACAAAAAAAAACAAAAAACAAAAAACAAAAAAAACUACAAAUCUGUCUGCUGGUCACUUCUGUCCAAGCAGAUCCGUGGUCUUUCCUCGCUUCUUUCAAGGGCUUCCCUGUGCCAAGCGAAGGAGGCUCCAGGCAGCAUCCGGGUUUUGCACUGUCUCCCAUGCUUGCGAGAGAGGUCCCAGGAUGCUGGUGCAAGACAGUUCACCUCAACGGGUGGGUGUAAGAGCGCUUCCUUGCCCUGGCAAAGUCUGGAAUGUAGUUGGUACCACCUGGCCCCCUUCGACCUCUGGAUGGGGCAGCUGGAGUCCAGGAGGGAGGGGAUGGCCUGACCCCACCCCCAGCCCUCCCAGUGACCCAGUCAGAGUGAUCAUGUAUGGAGAGUCAGCUCAGCAGGCCUCCCCACCAAUAGGGCUUCCACUUUGCUGAGGCUGGAGGGCAGAUGGGAGGCCUAUCACAUCUCUGAAUGUGUGAGCUGCACCAGGUAGACACCAGGGACCCCAGAACCACAUACAAGAGUCCACUGGGUCCCCCCUAGGAGGUAGCAAAGACUCCAGAAAAUCCCUGUCUCUUCUCCCCCAUCCUACGAGUAACUGCAUUUGCUUUUGUAAUUCUUAAUGAGCAAUAUCUGCUAGAGAGUUUAGCCGUAACAGUUCUUUUUGAUCGUUUUUUUAAGUAAUUAAAAAACACCAAAAAAAAAAAAAGAAAAAAGAAAA